AUGGCCACUUUCUCGUCGUCGCCAAUCAUCAUCGACGGCAAGGGCCACCUCUUGGGUCGUCUUGCGAGUAUCAUCGCCAAGCAGAUCUUGUCGGGCCAGAAGAUUACUGUUGUGCGCUGCGAGGAGAUCAACAUUUCCGGCAGCUUCUUCCGCAACAAGCUCCGCUAUCACAACUUCUUGCACAAGCGACAUAUCGUAAAUCCUAAGAAGUCGGGUCCCUUCCAUCAUCGUGCACCUUCCAAGAUUCUCUACCGAGCUGUUCGUGGUAUGAUCCCCCACAAGACGGCUCGUGGUGCGGCUGCUUUGGAACGACUCAAGCUCUUUGAGGGAGUACCACCUCCUUAUGAUCGCAAGAAGCGUAUGGUUGUUCCGGAAGCCUUGCGGGUGCUGAGGCUCAAGCCGGGAAGAAAGUACUGCACUGUCAAGCGAUUGUCACACGAAGUUGGAUGGGGUUACAAGGACGUUGUCGAUCGUCUGGAGGAGAAGCGCAAAAUCAAAGCCGCCGCUUUCUACGAGCGAAAACUCGCUGCAGCCAAGCUCCGACAGAAGGCCCACGCAGACCACUCUUCAUCCUAUGCCGAGCUCUCCAACCUGGGAUACUAG